CUCCUCCUGGCCGGCAGAACGAGUGGUGGCUGCAUCCCGGCUCGGCUCCCGCGUCGCCGACGCCGCUGCCGCCGCGAAGCCCCCCUCCCCGCUUCCGCUGCGUCGCGAUGAGCUCCCGGAAAGUGCUGGCCAUUCAGGCCCGAAAGCGGAGGCCGAAAAGAGAGAAACAUUCGAAAAAAAAUCAAGCAGAAGAUUGAGCUGCUGAUGUCAGUUAACUCUGAGAAGUCGUCCUCUUCAGAAAGGCCGGAGCCUCAACAGAAAGCUCCCUUGGUUCCUCCACCACCGCCUCCGCCACCACCACCACCUCUGCCAGACCCUACACCCCCAGAGCCAGAGGAGGAGAUCCUGGGGUCAGAUGAUGAGGAGCAGGAGGACCCCGCAGACUACUGCAAAGGUGGCUAUCAUCCAGUGAAAAUUGGAGACCUCUUCAAUGGCCGGUAUCACGUUAUUAGGAAGCUAGGAUGGGGACACUUCUCUACUGUCUGGCUGUGCUGGGAUAUGCAGGGGAAAAGAUUUGUUGCAAUGAAAGUUGUAAAAAGUGCCCAGCAUUAUACAGAGACAGCCUUGGAUGAAAUAAAAUUGCUGAAAUGUGUUCGAGAAAGUGAUCCCAAUGACCCAAAUAAAGACAUGGUAGUACAGCUAAUUGAUGACUUCAAGAUUUCAGGCAUGAAUGGAAUACAUGUCUGCAUGGUUUUCGAAGUGCUUGGCCACCAUCUCCUUAAGUGGAUCAUCAAAUCCAACUACCAAGGCCUCCCAGUACGUUGUGUGAAGAGCAUCAUUCGACAGGUGCUUCAGGGGUUAGAUUAUCUACACAGUAAGUGCAAGAUCAUUCAUACAGACAUAAAGCCGGAAAACAUCUUGAUGUGUGUGGAUGAUGCAUAUGUGAGAAGAAUGGCAGCCGAGGCCACUGAAUGGCAGAAAGCGGGUGCACCUCCUCCUUCAGGGUCUGCAGUGAGUACUGCUCCACAGCAAAAACCUAUAGGAAAAAUAUCUAAAAACAAAAAGAAAAAGCUGAAAAAGAAGCAGAAAAGGCAGGCUGAGUUAUUGGAAAAGCGCCUGCAGGAAAUAGAAGAAUUGGAACGAGAAGCUGAAAGGAAAAUAAUAGAAGAAAACGUCACAUCUUCUGUACCUUCCAAUGAGCAAGAUGAUGAAUAUCACCCAGAGGUGAAACUAAAAACAGCAGAAAUAGAGGAGGCAGCAGAGGGAGAGACUUCGAAUAACAACGGUGAAGCUGAGGACCAGGAAGAGAAAGAGGACACUGAGAAAGAAAACACAGAGAAGGAUGAAGAUGAUGUGGAACAGGAACUCGCAAACAUCGACCCUACUUGGAUAGAAUCACCCAAAACCAAUGGUCAUAUUGAGAAUGGCCCAUUUUUACUCGAACAACAACUGGAUGAUGAAGAUGAUGAGGAGGAAGAUUGCCCGAAUCCUGAGGAAUAUAACCUUGAUGAGCCAAACGCAGAGAGUGAUUACACAUAUAGCAGCUCCUACGAACAAUUCAAUGGUGAAUUGCCAAAUGGACGACAUAAAAUUCCUGAGUCACAGUUUCCAGAGUUUUCCACGUCAUUGUUCUCUGGGCCUUUAGAACCUGUGGCUUGUGGCUCUGCACUUUCUGAGGGAUCUCCACUCACCGAGCAGGAGGAAAGCAGCCCAUCCCAUGACAGAAGUAGGACGGUUUCAGCCUCCAGCACUGGGGAUUUGCCGAAAACAAAAACCCGGGCAGCCGAUUUGUUGGUGAAUCCCCUGGACCCACGGAAUGCAGAUAAAAUUAGAGUUAAAAUUGCUGACCUGGGAAAUGCUUGUUGGGUGCAUAAACACUUCACAGAAGACAUCCAGACACGUCAGUAUCGAUCCAUAGAGGUUUUGAUAGGAGCAGGUUACAGUACACCUGCUGACAUUUGGAGUACGGCGUGUAUGGCAUUUGAGCUGGCAACAGGAGAUUAUUUGUUUGAACCGCAUUCUGGGGAAGACUAUUCCAGAGAUGAAGACCACAUAGCCCACAUCAUAGAGCUGCUAGGCAGUAUCCCAAGGCACUUUGCUCUAUCUGGAAAAUAUUCUCGGGAAUUCUUCAAUCGCAGAGAUCACAUAGCAUUGAUCAUUGAACUGCUGGGGAAAGUCCCUCGAAAAUACGCUAUGUUGGGGAAAUAUUCCAAGGAGUUUUUCACCAGAAAAGGAGAACUUCGGCACAUCACCAAGCUGAAGCCCUGGAGCCUCUUUGAUGUACUUGUGGAAAAGUAUGGUUGGCCCCACGAAGAUGCUGCACAGUUUACAGAUUUCCUGAUCCCAAUGUUAGAAAUGGUUCCAGAAAAACGAGCCUCAGCUGGCGAAUGCCUUCGGCAUCCUUGGUUGAAUUCUUAGCAGAUUCUGCAGGAGCAUUCUGAGCUGGCACAUGCCCAAUGCAUUGGCCCUACAGGGGGACUCUCGUUCUUUAACAGGAUUACAAGUGAGCUGGCUUCAUCCUCAGACCUUUAUUUUGCUUUGAGGUACUGUCGUUUGACAUUUUGCUUUUUGUGCACUGUGAUCCUGGGGAAGGGCAGUCUUUUGUCUUCAGCUUAGUAGUUUACUGACCCACUUUCUUCUGGAAACAAUAACAUGUCUCUAAGCAUUGUUUCUUGUGUUGUGUGACAUUCAAAUGUCAAUUUUUUGAACGAAAAAUACUUUCCUUCUUGUGUUUUGGCAGGUUUUGUAACUAUUUAUGAAGAAAUAUUUUAGCUGAGUACUAUAUAAUUUACAAUCUUAAGAAAUUAUCAAGUUGGAACCAAGAAAUAGCAAGGAAAUGUACAAUUUUAUCUUCUGGCAAAGGGACAUCAUUCCUGUAUUAUAGUGUAUGUAAAUGCACCCUGUAAAUGUUAAGUUCCAUUAAAUAUGGGAUGGGGACUCAAAUUUCAGAAAAGCUACUCAGUCUUGAGUGCUUUGUAGCCUAAGUUGCAUGUAACAGACUUUAACUGCUCUGAGGAGUUGUGCAAACUUUUCAUUCCAUGACAGUCUUUUUGCAUUGAAUUUCAAACAAAUGGCUCUGAGUUAUGUCAUUCCCUACAUGGCACUUUAAAGAAAGAAAAGACAUGCUUCUCAUUCUAAAAUCCGUAUUGUAGUUUAGCACUCCCAUUCGUAUUUUUGCAUAUUUUAAUUAAAAAUACUUUUAAGGAAAAAGCAAUUUCACUAUAAAAAUGUGGUGGCCUGGUACCAUGUGGUGUUGCCUCCUCCAAGCACUGUAAGUUAAACUCUACAUAGAUUAAAUUGGACAAGAGAAACAUGUUCAGUGUGUGGAAUGAAAAUACAUUUAUAUAUUUUUGGUCAAGCUCGCUCAUGUUUGUCUAGAACCAAGAUAGGGUAUGUACAGUUUGCAGUGCAGUGGGCACAGUACUAACAUCUUAGAGGUAACAGUGAUUGCAUUCAUUCCAGAGUCAGUUUUGUAUGUGGCUACAACAAAUUUUACUAGUUCUUUCAUUCUUUCCAUGCACUGAAUUUGAGAAAAUGAUUUUCCCUUUGCAGGUUGCACACGAUUUUGUUUAUGCAUUUCCUUAAAAUUGUAGAAUCCAGGACACAAACCAUAGUAGGCAAUACAAUUUUAGAAUGUAAUAUAUAGAGGUGCAUUUAGCCUCUUUUAGAAAUCAGUGGAUUGAAUGUCUUUUUUUUUAAUUUUACAUUCCUCAAGGUGCCUCGUUUUUCUUGACUUCGUCCAUUAACAUUUAUCCAUAUGCCUUUGCAAUAACUAGAUUGUGAAAAAAGAUAACAAAUGUAACAAUAAUCCAUUGUUUGAGGUGCUUGCAGUUGUCUUAAAAAUUAAAGUGUUUUGGUUUUUUUUUUCCAGA